UCAACAGCGACUCUCCCAGGGCCAGAGUGUGGAGACGCGGGCGCCCUGGAUGGAGCAGGUCUGGCAGGAGGAGCAGGACGAGGAGAAGCAGCACCAAAGGGACAACACACUGAGGUUCCGAGCGCAGCUGGACACCCUGCGCGGCCUCUACAACCAGAGUGAGACCGCGGACACGGCUGUUCAGAUCACCUGGCGAGAGUGGGAGGCCCAGGGUGUGGCAGAGCACUUCAGGAACUAUGUGGGGGUCAGGUGCGUGGAGUGGCUGCGCAGAUUCCUGGAGUACGGGAAGGAGACACUGCAGCGCACGGGUAAGAGGGUCUCCCUGCAGUGGACCCAAAAAAUUUCCCUGAAACUCGUGUCGCACUCUGCUGAAAGGCAUGAGGAGCCUCUGUCGACGUCUCUGGCCAGCACCAGCACUGCCCCUGAGGAAACUAGGGGGGCCCUUGGGACAGGUCAGGCCACGCCAGGGCUCUGA